GACCAAUUGGAGAAGGAGAAUGCCCGGCUAUCCGAACUUCAAGAACGCUACGAAGACCAAAAUGUGGGCAACUUUCGCCGAAUCUAUCCAGUCAAAGAUGAUGAGAAGUACGAGAGAUUUUUGAGUUCCAAUGCCUCUCUUUACCAAGAAACUGUUGCAUUCAAGGCACGCAGUGAAUGUGCACGGUACGAGUUUGGCUUAAUCAAUAAAAAAUUUGAGUAA